CCCACAUCACAUCCAGAGCUUUAUUAAUGAGGAAAUAGAACAAACAAGAUAUGAAAAUGAUCUCAGUCCCUGAGGCACAGAAGAGCUGAUGUCGCACAAUAGAGCACUUCUGCCACAAUUAACGUAAUCUGAGUGUCCGAACAUUGUCCGGCAUCACCAGAGAGUAACUUGUAGGGGAGUUUGGCCAUUCUCACUCUCACCAAGGGUCCAGACUUGACAAUGAUGUCACUGAGCACUGGGCUUAUCCUCAUGACCCUGGUGACAUUGGUGGGCAGUGAGGUUAGUUCCCACAGCUGUGCCACUCCGGGGCUGCCAGGCAUCCCCGGAAUACCAGGAAAGGAUGGACGAGAUGGACGCAGAGGUGAAAUUGGAGAACCAGGUAUCCCGGCCUCAGCACAAGAUACUGAAAUGAAAGGUGAAAAGGGCCGUAAAGGUGCCCAGGGUCCUGUGGGCAAAAAUGGUCCGAAAGGUCCCCCUGGACCUGAAGGAGAGAGAGGAGGAGUCGGACCGAGAGGAGAGAGUGGGACCCCUGGCAACCACAAGCGCCAGCACCAGUCUGCGUUCACUGUGGCGAGGAUGACCGCUGAAAACCCAGCCAAAAACUCACCCAUAAUCUUCUCCAGAGAGAUUACAAAUGAUCACAAACAUUACGACAAAACAACCGGCAAGUUCACUUGCGUGAUACCGGGGCUUUAUUAUUUCACGUAUCACGCCUCUCAGUCUGCCAACCUGUGCGUGUCUCUUAUGGUUGAUGAUGAGAAGAAGGCUAGUUUCUGUGACCACAUGUCCAAUAGGAUACAGGUCACGUCUGGUGGCAUUAUGGUGCCACUGAGCAAGGGCCAAGGGGUGUGGCUGGUGGUCAAUGACUACAAUGGUAUGAUAGGCAUUAAAGAUAACGACAGCGUUUUUUCAGGUUUCCUUAUCUUUCCAGAUUAAUCUGCAUUAAAGGGACAUUAAACUCAAAAUGAAAAUGAUUUAUUAAAGAAAAUAUAAUAAUAUUGCAGCAUAAAUUCAGUAUUUUUGGUGCCUGCUUUUGCUGUGGAAUACCUCUGAAAAGUUGCAGCUCAAAUUCUCUGCUGCAAUUUGCCUGACCCCUUAUACUCUAAACAGUAAUUGUUCAUAGAAAUACAGCUCACCCUAAUUGGCAACAAUAAAAAUAGGAGAAAUAACCAUACUGACCAGGAUUUUCAAGUGAUUUAUUCCUGGACUGCUUUAAUGCACAUAAAACAUAUAUUGUAUUGCAAUGUAGUUCUUAACUACACUAUCCGUAUAUGAAAAUUUGAUUUUAAUUUGAAGUGCUUCAGACUCUAUACAUUUAGAUAUUAUUGUGUCCAAAAAUAAUUACAGUAAAUAACUUUAGAGAGGCGAUUAUAAUAACUAAACAUUUAUGCUUUCGUACGAGUCUAUUUUACUUCUAAUAUGAAAUACACUUAGUUUUCUCAGUUGAUUCUUUUCAUGAGAGCAUACACAGGUAUGCGCUCAGGACCAUAUUUCUUGAGCACUAUAUAGUGGCAGUUUUUGCAAAAAUUAUUUUAACCAUGUUAUAUAAUGCUAAGGACAUGUGCAUGCUCCUGAGAAUACCUCAGUAUGCUCUCAUGGAAUGCAGCUAACUUUCAACAAAUGACAUCAAGAGAACUAAGUACAUCUCAUAACAUAAGUAAAUUUGAUAGAUUUAAAACCAUUUACACAAUUUUCCUUCCAUGUCUCUUUUAGAGAAACCUGCACUGUUAUAUUGCAACAAUCCCAAUGGCAAAUACAUAUUUCGUACACAGCGCGGUAUUGGCAGUGCUCUACUCCUCGCACUCUGCUAUAGCCGGAGGGAGGUUCUGCGCUUGGUAUUGUGUGAGCUGCAAAGCUGGACCAGCAGCAGUCAGGGCUUAAAUAGAGGCUACAAUGUAUAGCUUCCAGGGCUUGUAACUGAAUAUAACAACCUAAAGCUGUGGGGCAUCUGAUCUUCCUACACAAUUAUUAAAGCAUCAUCCUCAAACUGAUCUGGGGUUUGCUUUGCUACAGGCUAUGACUACAUCACCAAGUUAGUGUAGAUCAGUGUUUCUCAACCGCAGUCCUCAACUACCCCCAACAGGCCAGGUUUUUAUUUUAGCAGAACCAGUCCACAGGUGAACUAAUCAGCUAAUCAGUAACCAUGGUUACUAACCUAAUCUCAUCCAUCAGCUGAUUAUUUCACCUGUGCACUGGUUCAGCUAUAAUGAAAACCUGGCCUGUUGGUGGUGAGGAGCGCGGUUGAGAAACACUGGUGUAGAUGACAGCGCUCAACAUUACUUAAAACUAGAUCUGAUUCUUAAAUAUGUAAAUAUCUAGUUGUGAUUGCUCAAUGUUCUAAAAUAAAUGAAUUGUAAUCACUGAGCAUGCUAUAGAGAGAGCUCUAGAGUCAAAUAAAUCACAGCCCAUGAGUCUGUAUUGUGCUCAGUGUAAAUUCUCAAUAUUGAUUAUAAAAUCCAGCAGAACUCACAGAUAUAAAAAGGCUUUUUUUCUUUGAUGAAUAUGAAAGUUACAAAGUAUUGCAAGUUUUUUUCUUAGAUCUUCCUGAGGGGUGUUCUAAAAUAAGUCUCGACUUCGGUAAUGUGACAUCAGCUGUUGGAGGUGUGUGGCGCUCACUGCGCAUGCGCAAUUGGCCCAACCUCUCAAAAUCAGCUGUUUCAGUAGCAGCAAAGGUUUGAGGAGUUAUUAACGCAGUGAGCGCCUCACACCUCCAACAGCUGAUGUCACAUCACCGGAAGUGACGCGGGUCCCGCAUUCUUAUAAGUCGAGACUUAUUUUAGAACAAGGGGAACCAGAUGUGCAUGAUAGAGAUUUUUAGAUUUGACUGUCCCUUUUAAGGGAUAUUAAAAUAAUUUUGGUUCACCUAAAAGAGGGAGUUUUGAAAUGUAUAAUUUUUUUUAUUUUAAUUGUAAAGUUUGUUUCUAUCCACCUACAGAGUUGUCCUUUUCAGCCAGUCUGCCCUUUUUCAUGCAUGAUAGAAUAUAAGUUAAUUUAAAGGGACAUUCAAUUGAGGGGCACAAGUACAAUAACUUGAUUACUAUUCACCAUACUAUUUACAUAAAAAGCAAAAAUAUACAAUUUCCGCGCUCAGCCAAAAUUAUCAGUAUGUAAAUAUUCACCACUGUUACAAAGUUCAAGAAUACGGCUCUCCAAGAUGGCCGAACUUUACCAACUAACAACUGUAAUGGAAAAACCCUGCAGGCAGACAAUAGCAUGUGAGUAGUACUAAACAUUCCCUUGUAGCUGUGCCCAGCAGAUUAAUGUAUACCUUUUGGGGCAUAUUUAUCAAGCUCCGUAUGGAGCUUGAUGCCCGUGUUUCUGGCGAGCCUUCAGGGUUGCCAGAAACAGAAGUUAUGAAACAGCGGUCUAAAGACUGCUGCUCCAUAACCUGUCCGCCUAAUCUGAGACAGCGGACAGAAAUUGCCAGCAAUCAACCCGAUCGAAUACGAUCGGGUUGAUUGACACCCCCUGCAGGGGGCGGCAUUGCACCAGCAGUUCACAAGAACUGCUGGUGCAAUGAUAAAUGCCGAGAGCGUAUACAGUCCGCAUUUAUCGAUGUGCAGCGGACAUGAUCCACAAUAUCGGAUCAUGUCCGCUCACACAUUAAUAAAUAGGCCCCUUAGUAUUUUUUCAUGCCAAAAUAUUGCUUUAAUAUGUUUAAAUAUGCUUGUUUAUAAUUAUAUUAUAAUUUUGUGAGUUUGCCUCUCAGUAUUGUGUAAAGUGUGUUUAAAUUUAAACAGUUAUAUCUGACAACAGAAGAUCAUUUUAUUAACUAGAGACUAAUGUCUCGCUCAGGACAAAUCUGCCUCACUGUGUGAUUUCUACAGGAAAAGUUAUUGUAUUAAACUAUUUUCUGAGCAUAAUAAGGUACAUAGUGGUUUGUGUUUUAUUUUUGUUUACUUAAUAGUGUGGGGAGGAAGUCAGUUUUGAGACCCCGAAGGGCCACAGUGCCUUUAAGUGACAUUAAACACUAAAUAAAUCAUUGCUUGAAUAAUUUGUACAUGUAUUUUUAAAACUUAUAUUAGUUGUUUUAAUAUUCAAAAAAUAAAGGUAACAUUCUGAUACCCAUAAAGCAGUGAGCUCCGCCAUAUUGUAACUUAGUUUACCUUUUCUGCUGACGUCAAUUAGAGACAGUUAUGGCUUGCUAGAGUGCGCAACCAAUGACUGUGUGAAAUAUAGCUGUGUCUGCACUUCCAUGUUUAAUAGGAAUUGGAAAGUUUACACAAUUCAGAAUUAAAUUAACGGAAAGUGGAACAAAAUAAAUAAUAAAAGUAUAAAGCAAA